AAUAACAUUACAAUCCCACCGUAACUAAUCAAGAUAAGUCGUAAACUCAUGAUGAAAUUAAUCACGUAUUAGUCCCUAUUACUAAACGAGCCGGGGUUUAGUACAUUCCCUAUAUUUUCAUCAAUUUGGUUCUGGGUUUUUUUGCAUUUUCAUUUUUCCGAAAUUGAAUUUGUAUGGAUUGAGAGAGCUUGUUAACACUAAAUUCCAUGAAUGGUGUGGAAGUUUAACUUAUUGAAUGUUCAUCUAAGGACGCCCACAUAGUGUUUGACAAUAUGCUUCACUGAAUAAAAUGUAGGGCGAAGUCCAGCAUUCUGCAAAAACUUUUUUUUCCACCAAACACAAGAAAUACAGUCGCCCCACCAAGUCCCCCGUACAUCUGUAUUGACUUGGGAUCUUGAAGAAACUCAUAGAGGGUCUGUGAAAAAUCACUUCUUUGGUGCAUAGAAUCAAACAUCUGUUGGGCUAUAGCAAAAGGAAGACACCAUGGAUGUCGAUUCACAGCAGACUAUGGAGGAAACUAUCCUGGUGGGUGAUGAUUUGAUGAUGGGCCCACCAUCACCGGUCAUUCCACCUGAGAUAGCGUCUCAUGUACUUGAAGGCGUUGAUCUCUGUGACGGAAUCUUGAGGAAUCUGUUCCUCUGUUUACAAAUCAAUGAUAUCGAGCCAUUCUGUCAGGAUGAGAUUGCUUUGUAUCGCCAAUGUGCAGAGAGAAGGGAUAAGGAGCUCAGGCAACGCCUUCAAGCUAGUGAACAGAAAUUAGGAAUGUCAAUGCCUCUAGAUCAAGCAAAAGAAAGAGCCAUUCAACUAGAAUCAGAAAUCACAUCACUGGAGAGGCGCUUGAUUUUGGCAAGUGGAGUUGAAGGUAUGGAAGGUUUUCGGCAACGAUGGAGUCUACAUGGUCGCGUAACUGAUACCAAGAGAAGGCUGGAGGCACUGAAGGGGGGAAUGGAGAACAGAAAGAAGGAUGAGACAGCAGAAAGUAUCUCUACCAAGAAAAAAUGGUCCUUCUGGUGAAAAUAAUGGUUACUACCUCACCAUCCAACUAAUUGUUACUUUUGUACUCUUUGGAGUUCCGUUUUACAGAGGCGAAUUCAAGAUUUGAAGUUUUAGGGGUCCCUACAGCGGCCUCAAGUUAAAAUACAAUGAUAUGUGAGUUCAUAAUCAAAUAUAAAUACAAUAUUCAGUGAAUAUUGGAUUCAUGUGAACUCAUGUUAUAUGAUAGAUCUACCUUUCUUGUUCAUUGGCUUAAAUAUGUAAAACUCUAAUCAGAUAAUGCAGGAGUGUAGUACUUGGUUCUAAAAGUUGUGUUCUUA